AUGGAGAUAAAAGUGUCCAUUGAAAAAGUCCAGCGCAUUGUAUGUGGUGUGACUGAAAAGACAACGUGUAAAGAAGUAGUCAUUGCUUUAGCUCAAGCUCUUGGUCGCUCAGGACGCUACACUCUAAGAGAGCAGUUCAAAGGGUACGAACGCUAUGUUACUCCUGAUGAACUUCUUUUGGAGUCUCUGGCGAAGUAUGGUGAACAGUCCAGAGAGGUUCAGCUGAACUUACACUAUUUGGGUCCCUCUGUGAUGGACAGCCCAAACAAACCACGGGUUCAGUUAAGACGAGCUGAGGGAGGAGGGAAAAUGCGCAUGAGUAGUGCAGGAUCUAUCUUCCAUCGGCAGAGUCUUCCACCACUAUCCUUUUUCCAGACCAAACCCCUCCCGGAGGAACUGAAAAGUCCCAAGAGGAAGUCAUUGACGCUGACGGAGGAAGCAUGGGGGUGGCUGGAGAACUUUGGCAGGGGUGGAAGGCAGCAACCAGGCCGAGAUAAAAGCAAAAGCAAGCAGGAUGAUAGACAACUGGAUAAGAAGGCAGCAAAGAUAGAAAAAAGAGCCCAGAUCUUUGGGGUAUUGCAGGGAAGGAAUGAUGAGACAAAAAACAAAAACAGAGCAGAAAAUCAGGGUGGAAUUAUUCACCUUGGAAAGCAGAGAAGAAUUGAUGGUGAUGAAAGUGGAGAAAUUAAUAAAGGGACGCAUAAAACACCAGUGAAAAAAGAUCCAGAACCUGUUAUGUCUGAAGCUUCACAACAAUGCAGAGCUUUUGAUGAAGCAGAUAAAUUGAGAAAGGUAAUUACCCAACAACAGACUCAUUUAAAAGAACUCAAACUCAAAAUAGACUCCACUAAUGAGCAGAUUUGCAAACUUGAAAUGCUGCCAGAGGAAGCCCAGAAUGCAGAAUCAACCCCUGAACUGUCGGAAGAGGAACAGCAACUCAAGUUUUGGCUGAACGAGUUGAGGGCAGAGGAGGUCUUUGAGAAAGACCUACAGAGGCAGUUUUUAGAGUUAAAGGAAAAAGCAGCUGAGUGCAAAAAUAAAUUGGAAGAGUAUAAAUCCAAGCUCCAGUGCAUGGGCCCUAUGAAGAGGAGACUUUCUCAGGGUGAACAAACAGUAAAGACACAUGAAGAGGGCGCUGAGAGUGCUGUGGUACACUUGGAAUCGGCAUCGGAGAAAGGAGACGCUGAUAAACCAAAGGCAGACAGUAAAGAGAAGACUCAGAUCACUAAAGUGGAAUCCCAGCUCCCUUACAUCUUAGUGACAUCACAUCAGAUAACAGAACCACAGCUCAGCGGGCCGGCAGAGCUGAGGGAAUGGUGGAGUCGAUGGACCGGAGCUCAGAAAACCAACUCAACCCAAGGUUUGGUGGGCAAGGUGAUUCAUCGUUCUGAAAUACUAAUCCACCUCGGAAGCACAAGGGUUUAA